AUGAACUUCACCGUUGCGCUGCUGUUGACGAUCGUCGUCGUCGUCGCGCAGCUGUUCAAGGUCAUCGACUCGCAGCAGUGCGGCGCCCGGAAGGUGACCAUCAACGAAGUGAUCGUACGGGGAUGGGACACCGUACCGGGGAGUUUCCCCUGGCACGGGGCCAUCUACCACCGGAAGGGCCGCUCGGAUAGCUACGCGUGUGGUGGAACGCUGCUGAACGCCCGGUUCGUCAUGACGGCCGACCAUUGCGUCAAGGACGACAACGGGUUCGUGUUGUCGCCGAAGCGGGUCUUCGUACGGCUCGGGCUGAACAAUCUGAACGCUCCAAAUCUACGGAAUACGCAGCAGCACGAAGUGCUGACGAUUCACCGAGUUCCGGAAGUUAACGGGAAGAAGAACGACAUUGCGUUACUGGAGCUGAGUACCGAAGCUCAGUUUGAUGAGUUCGUUCAACCGGCUUGUGUCAACCAAGAACCGGCCAUAACUGGACUGCUGGGAACGGCCAUUGUGUGGGGCUUCACGGAGAGUGACGAAUUGUCGCCGGUGUUGAAGGCCACUCGGAUGCCCGUGGUGGACACCAGCCAGUGCAUCGAGAGCAACCGGGACACCUUCGGGCUAGCCCUGGCAUGUUUGGGAUUUGGAUCGACACCAUGCCUGGACAGUACCCUGUUCUGUGCCGGCUAUACCAACGGGAGUACGGCCGUCUGCAAUGGGGACAGCGGCGGAGGGCUGCACGUGAAGAGAGGAUCGGCUUGGUUCGUGGUUGGAAUCAUUUCGUUUACGACACCGCGAGAUGCCGACAGUAAUCUGUGUCGGGUUGACAGCUACGCGGCCUUCACGAACGUGGUCGUGUUUGUGCCGUGGAUUCGAAGCGUCGUUGGGUCGUUGCCGGAGGCGAGUAGUGAUGAACGGUACCACAUAUCUUCAACUGAGCUCAACUGGUUCGAAGCGGUCGAGUACUGCAACCGGCGUGGCAUGCAGCCGGCCAUCCUGGACAGUCAGGCCAAGCACGAGCUGGCGGUGCGCGAAGCCCAGGCCACCGGACGGCAAUCGUCGGGCUUUUUUGGCCUCUGGCUGGGCGCCUCCGAUCUGGCCAAGCAUCAAUCGUACGUGUGGCAACCAACCGGUGCACCGGUCCUGUGGGCCAAGUGGAGUCCCGGUGAGCCAACGGGCGAUCCGGAACAUUGUAUGAACUUGUACUACUGGCCGGACCGGGGCUUCGAGUGGACCGUCAAUGAUGCGCCCUGUGACACGACACUGCACGCACUGUGCCAGGAGCGAUCAACCAAGAAACCGACUGGUCAAACAUGCGUCGACUGCACUAUUCAGUAUCACAUUUCUUCGAAUGAGCUCACCUGGUUCGAGUCGAUCGAGUACUGCAACCGCCGUGGGAUGCGUCCCGCCGUCCUCGACAGCCAGGCCAAACACGACCAGGCGGUGCGCGAAGCCCAAGUCACCGGACGGCAAUCGGCGGGAUUUUUCGGCCUUUGGGUCGGCGCUUCCGAUUUGGCCAAAACUGGUUCGUACGUGUGGCAAGCGACGGGAGCACCAGUCACCUGGGCCAAGUGGAGCCCGGGGGAGCCAUCCGGGCCACCGGAACACUGCAUGACCCUGUACUACUGGCCAGAACGGCAAUUUGACUGGGAGGCGAAUGACGCGCCCUGUGAUACCACGCUGUAUGCUUUGUGCCAGAAGGAGGUUGCGAAUUGAGGAAGGUCAUGCCCACAAAAACACCGUUUCAUAGUUGUUUACGUGAUCGUUGGAUUCCUCGCAGUUGAGGUUCUCGGAUAUUUAUAGAAAUAAUUGCCGUGUAUUUUUAUCGAACCAUACUUUUGCUCAUAAUAAAAUCAAAUGACGUCGUUAUUACAUUUCCUUACAA